CUAUAUGGAGCAGCCGGUUGUAUUCAUCAUCUGUAGGUGGUGAAGGGGGUACUUCUGGAGACUCAGGUUCUGUCAUUUCAGGACUCAGUGGAUCUAAUAUGGCUGGUACUGGUGGAUCUGAUAUGGGUGAGUGGGGUAUGAAGGCAAAAGAAGCCAUCCAAAGUCUUGGGAAUGCUGUGAGUUCCACAGGAGAGAAGGUCAGAGAUGCUUCCAGUGACAUAACACCUCACAUACAGCAAAUUCUUGAUGCCAAUCCACUUGAGAGAUGUUGUUGCUCCCAAGGGCCUGCUGCGUUGUUAUCUGAGAGCUCAAUAUUGAAGCCCGUACCUUAUGAAAAAAGCAUCUGGAGUGCUCUGGAAGACCCUGUUCGGUAUCUCAUCACUUUUAUGGCCUUUACCCAAAUUGGUGCUAUGGUGGCACCAACCAGCGUUGCAUCACAGUACAUUCUGCCAGCUUGGAGGAGUGCCACUAUUCUUACUUCUGUUUGGUUUCUACAAAGAUGGAAGACGAAUGUGAUUAGCAGAACCUUAGCAGUUAAGACCUUUGAAGCUGGUGAUCAAGACAGGUUGUUGACGCUGGAGAAAGUAUCUUCUGUUGCUUUAUUUGCUAUUGGAUUGAUGGGAUUAGCUGAGGCAUGUGGGGUGCCAGUGCAAUCCAUUCUCACUGUGGGAGGUGUAGGAGGAGUUGCUACUGCUUUUGCUGCUUGAGAUGUCAUUGGAAAUGUUUUAAGUGGGCUUUCGUUACAGUUUUCAAGGCCUUUUUCUAUUGGAGAUUUGAUAAAAGUAUGCCACAUAU